CCAACAACACUAGAUGGCAGCAGUGCACAAAGAGAAAAUCAGUGCCUUGUCACUUGUGAAAUACAGAGCCAGAGGGACUCCAAGAUACAAGAUACAAGAUACAAGUGCAGCACCAGCUAUGAAGAGCACGGUUUCAUACAUAAUUGUGUCAUCUUCAAACAAAAAGGAAUGGCAACUCUAGAAGAACAGAGAAAAGAUGACUUCAUCGAUGAACAGAUGAAAGACCCCAACGAUGAACAGAUGAAAGACCCCAACGAUGAACAGCCUCAACAGGAAUCAUCUGCUGAAUGCACUGACCAAACCCUUUCGCACCAAGAUGCAAUGGCAAAUGUGAAAGAGGGUCUGGAAGCACUGCUUAGUGACCCACUUAUGUGCGACCUUCCGACGGAUGUAACUCUGGACGAGGUUAAUUCGCAAAUUGCGCUCGAAUACGGAAGGUCCAUGACGGUGAACGUGCGACGCGCUGAUGACAAAGUGUACCCCGUCGUCGUCACUCAGGCGGCGACUGUUCGAGAUCUGAAAGGCGCCAUAACGAGAUACGUCGCGCUGAAACUUUCCAGGGACGUGUCCCGGCCGCUUAAACAUAUUAGUUGGCGGUACGUGUGGAGGACGUACUGGUUGACCUUCGAAGGACAGAAAUUAAAUGAUGACAAGAAGCCACUGAAGGAAUAUGGCAUCAGAAAUAGAGAUGAGCUGACGUUUAUUAAGCGAUUGCGGCAGCGUUGAUUGUUUCAGAGAUGUUGAACUGUGCUUGCAGUCUGGUACGUUGCCAUAUAACAUCAAGAGUACAUAAUAGGAGAUUCCUCCUUUUAAUUAUAAUCUCCUAUUAUGUACUCUUGAUAACAUGUAAUGAAAGCUUGAUAGGUGUGCUGAUAUUUAGUUAUCAAAAAUACUAUGGCAAUGCUGUUUUCAAAAUUAUAUACCAAGUCCAAUGCAAUGAGAGCCAGUUAAUUUACUCACGACUACGAGGUAGGGAGAAAUGAAGACAUUUUUAGUAGGAAGUGAGUGCAGUAUGUGAUUAUGCUUUGUAUAUAAACUAACUUUUUUUAAUUUGAACAUAUGUAUUAUAUUAUAUAUUACAUUAUUUUUAUACACAUUUAAUUCAAUCGUUAUCGUUUCGUUUCUAACGUUUAUGAUCCUUGUAUCGCAAACAGAUAAAUACCUGAAGGUAGUCAGUGUCAAGGUUUCAAAUUAUACAACAUAAAAGGAACCAAAUUUAAUUUUAUAACAAUCAUGCUUUCUAUUGCUGAGUAAAGUCCACAAACGAUGUACAUACAUGAAUGAGCUACAGCCUUACUACAUAAUCGUUAUGUAUUCCACAUCUUUUAACCCUGUUUGACAGUGCUUAAGAUAUGUUAGUGAACUAAUCGAUGGCAAUUACAAUUCACAAAUCUCUAUCCACCCCUACAUUGCAUUAGAGUAUAGCAAUUAAUUACAUACACAAGCUAUUGCAGCUUCAAAUGAUUUUACUUUGCGGUGUCAAAUCUACAUAUGUAUAUAUAUGCGUAUAGGUGGAACAUCUUAUCUAUAUGCCAAGUGCCUUUGGCAUGCAGUCUGCUAUGGUUUAGCAAAAUUACUUCUGGCACUCCAAACUACUAGCGCUUAAUGCUACACAUAAAUUCAGACUAUUAAAUGUCACGUUUCUAUGGGCAGCUGGUCCGAGUUCACUGACCAAUUUAUUUUGAAGUAUUGUCUGUCUAUACAAUGCUCUGCAACAUUAAUCCUACAUUUACUAAAACAACACCUGCAACAUUCUGCAAUCGGAAAUAUGCAUUACAUGUAAUAUAGAGCACCAAAGUUUUCAGUGCAAAAGCUACACGAAUGUACUCAUCUAUUAAACAUUAAUUCAACAAGUCUUACACAUCGGUGAGCUCUCUCUAUAUAUAAAUAAAUGUGUGUAACUGUUGUGGAACAGUUAUUAGUAAAUGCUACAACAAUAGCAUAUUGUUUACUGUAUAUACAGUGUAGGCAAACAUAACAAGCUAUCCGUAGAUAUAGCAACACAAAAUUCAACAAGAUACUAGAUUAUUGAUAACGCAGAGAGCAAAAUUUCAUCUCCCUGCAGAAAUUAUACACACCAAUACAAAUAAGAUUGGCAUGAUCAUUUUUCUUUGCAAAACACAACAAACAACAAGUCACGCCUUUGCAUAAAUCGUGCCUACUAUGGCACUGUAUAGUCAUAUAGCUAUAUAGAUAACCAUAUUCUAUAUAAUCAUCCCACUUGAAAACAAAACUUGCCCUAUAACUUUAAAAUACUGUGUGGGGCUGGUUACUCACAUAUAACAGCCAAAAUGAUAGAUUUGUGUAAUACUAGGACAAACAUGGCACUCUUUCUAUGGCAAACGUCACCAAUUACGACAAGAUCAUGCGAGAGGGACAUUUCAACAUCUACACAAACUUACAACCUCAUGGUUGUGGAUAAACAAAUAGAACUUACUUACGAGUCAGUGUCAUCUGCUUCUGUUAAGCAGAUGGUGGGACAACUCUGGAAUCAAUAUAGGCACAUUCUGAGAUUUUGAUUAAAACAUUGGCAAAGAAACUUGGAAAAAUGGGGGGGGGGACAAAAAUGGAAGGAGAUAAGUUGUUAA